UUAUUGUGGUUCUGUAAUCUGUGGUGUAGUUAAAAUUAAAAAUACAAAAUACAAAUAAACGAAAAGCAAUUGAAUAAUACUAAGAAUUAAUUAUUUCCUAAAACAAAUGUGAAUUUUCUAUGUAAGAAUAUAACCCAGAAUAAACAAUCGGAAAUGCCUAAAGAACAAUAUCGUGAAACAUACUUCGGUAGAAAAAUUUCCCAUGUGACCUUCAAUGUGGACAGUGCAUCGGAUAUCCAGCAGGCAGCACAUAUCCAGGUCAUCACAAAGAACUUGUACGCUCAGGAUGGACAGAGGGUGCCAGCCAGCUAUGGAGUACUUGACAGAAGAAUGGGCACAAAUGCCAAGGACGCCAACUGUGAGACGUGUGGCCUGGGACUGGCGGACUGUGUGGGUCACUACGGGUACAUAGAGCUGGCGCUGCCAGUGUUCCACGUGGGGUACUUCCGCUCCAUCAUCACCAUACUGCAGACUAUAUGCAAGAACUGUGCCAAGGUCAUGCUUCAAGAGACAGUGAAGAAGUCCUUUCGCCGCAAAUUCAUGAACCCCGAACUGUCUUACCUACACAAGAAAAACCUACGCGCUGCAGUCCUUAAGAAAGCAAAGACUUGCACAAAAUGCCCGUACUGUGAUGCACUGAACGGCAUCGUGAAGAAAAGUCCCGCUGGUAUUCUGAAGAUUAUACAUGACAAGUAUAGGAUGAAGAAGCCCAAUGAUCCAAUAGUCCAGAAGGUUCUGAAGGAGUUCAACAUAGCUGUGGAGUCCAAUAAGGAAUUGGCGACAAUGAUUAAUAGUGGAUUGAUUAUUGAGCUUACACCUUUAGAGGUUAUAAAUCUAUUCCGCCGUAUUCCGGACGAGGACAUACCACUUCUGGGCAUGAACGUGAAGAGUUCCAGACCUGAGGAUCUGAUCCUGACUCGGCUGCCCGUGCCGCCGCUGUGUAUCAGGCCGAGUGUCGCUUCUGACAUUAAAGCUGGAACUAACGAAGAUGACCUCACUAUGAAGCAGUCCGAGAUCCUCCUCAUCAAUGACGUCAUAACUCGGCACAUGGCGAGCGGCGGCAAGAGCGAGCUGGUGCAGGAAGACUGGGACUAUCUGCAGCUGCACGCCGCCCUUUACAUCAACAGCGAAAUGUCUGGCAUCCCUCUCUCGAUGCAGCCGAAGAAGCCUGGUCGUGGUCUGGUGCAGCGGCUGAAGGGCAAGCAGGGACGGUUCCGAGGCAACCUGUCCGGCAAGCGCGUGGACUUCUCCAGCCGCACCGUCAUAUCGCCCGACCCUAACCUACAGAUCCAGGAGGUGGGAGUCCCGGUGCACGUGGCGAAGAUCCUCACGUACCCGGAGCGCGUGUUCCCAGCCAACCUGCAGUGGCUGCGCCAGCUCGUGUGCAACGGGCCCGACGUGCACCCCGGCGCCAACUACGUGCAGCAGCGCGGCCUCAGCCACAAGAAGUACCUCAAGUACGGGAACAGGGAGAAGAUCGCGCAGGAGUUGAAGUGCGGCGACGUAGUGGAGCGCCACCUGGUGGACGGCGACGUGGUGCUGUUCAACCGGCAGCCGUCCCUGCACAAGCUGUCCAUCAUGUGCCACAGGGCGCGCGUUCAGCCGCAGCGUACGUUCAGAUUCAACGAAUGCGUGUGCACGCCGUACAACGCGGACUUCGACGGCGACGAGAUGAACAUGCACCUGCCGCAGACGGAGGAGGCGAGGGCCGAGGCGCUUAUACUUAUGGGGAACAAAUCAAACUUGGUGACACCUCGUAACGGCGAGCUCCUCAUCGCGGCUACUCAGGACUUCAUCACCGGCGGCUACCUCAUCACGCAGCGCGACACGUUCUUCACGCGGGCGGAGGCGCAGCAGCUGGCCUGCUGUCUGCUCGCCGGGCCGGACGCCGCCAUGAGGAUCGACAUGCCGCCACCAGCGAUACUGAAGCCGAGAAUGCUGUGGACUGGGAAGCAGAUAUUUAGUUUGAUAAUGAAGCCGAACAAGCGCUGCGAGGUGAAGGCCAACCUGGAGACGAAGGGCAAGAACUACACCAGCAACCAGGACAUGUGCGUGCAGGACUCGUAUGUAAUAGUUAGAAACUCAGAGUUGGUUUGCGGUUCGAUGGACAAGAGUACCUUGGGCUCGGGCACCAAGAACAGCAUCUUCUACAUCCUGCUGCGGGACUGGGGCGAGGAGUACGCUGUUAGGAGCAUGUGGAGGCUAGCGCGCAUGGCGUCCUAUUAUAUGAUGAACCGCGGCUUCAGCUUCGGCAUCAUUGAUGUGACGCCGGGGAAGAAGCUUAUAGAGGCCAAGAACAAACUGUUGGAGUCUGGGUACUCCAAGUGUGACGGCUACAUCCUGGAGAUGGAGAAAGGCACGCUGCAGUGCCAGCCCGGCUGCACCAUGGAGGAGACCCUGGAAGCUGUCAUGCUCAGCGAGCUCAGUAGUAUCAGAGAGUUGGCGGCUAAAGCCUGUUUUCGUGAGCUGCACCCAACAAACGCGCCCCUUAUAAUGGCGCAGAGCGGAUCCAAGGGCUCCAACAUCAACAUAUCGCAAAUGAUCGCGUGCGUGGGCCAGCAGGCGCUGAACGGCAAGCGCGUGCCCAACGGGUUCGAGGACCGCUCGCUGCCGCACUUCGAGAGACAUUCGAAAAUCCCAGCAGCCCGUGGUUUCGUAGAAAACAGCUUCUACUCCGGUCUGACCCCUACGGAGUUCUUCUUCCACACCAUGGGGGGUCGAGAGGGACUCGUGGACACUGCCGUCAAAACUGCCGAGACGGGGUACCUUCAACGACGACUUGUGAAGUCGCUGGAGGACCUGGUGCUGCACUACGACAUGACGGUGCGCAACGCGACCAGCGAGGUGGUGCAGUUCCGCUACGGCAGCGACGGCCUGGACCCCUCGUACAUGGAGGGGCGCGACCAGCCCGUGGAGCUGCGCCGCGUGCUGGCACACGUGCGCGCCUUGUGCCAGUCCAGGGACGAGGAAGCUUUAGACGGCGACGGCAUAGUGGUGGCGGCGGAGGAGACGCUCGCACUGGACGACUUCAAGACCUGCCCCGCUGAGUUCAAAGCCGAAAUGCUCACAUUCCUCAAGAAGCUGGCAGCGCGCGUGCGCAGCCUGCGUGCGCGGUACGCGGCGUGCGGGCGCGUCUCGCAGCAGCUGGAGCGGCUGACGCUGACGCAGCUGGUGCGCUUCGUGCGCGUGUGCCACGACAAGUACCAGCGCAGCAUCAUCGAGCCCGGCACCGCCGUCGGCGCGCUGGCGGCGCAGAGUAUCGGCGAGCCGGGUACGCAAAUGACCUUAAAAACGUUCCACUUCGCCGGCGUGGCCUCCAUGAACAUCACGCAGGGCGUGCCGCGCGUCAAGGAGAUCAUCAACGCGUCCAAGAACAUCUCCACGCCCAUCAUCACGGCGGAGCUCACCGACCCGCUGGACCAGGAGUUUGCGAGGAGGGUCAAGGGAAGAGUGGAGAAGACAACGUUGGGUGAGAUAACGACAUACAUCGACGAGGUGUAUCUCCCCAACGAGUGCUUCCUGCUGGUGCGACUGGACGCCGAGCGGAUCAGACUUCUGUGCUUGGAGGUCAACGUUCAUUCCAUCGUUUACUCUAUAUGCACAUCGAAGCUCAAGGUGAAGCCGUCCAACGUGCUGGCGGUGUCGGAGUGGGCGAUCAAAGUGUACGCCGAGGCGGGCAAGCACGGCGGCUGGCUCAACAUGGCGCUGCAGCAGCUGUGCCGCCAGCUGCCCGCGGUCGUGGUGAAGGGGCUGAGCAGGGUCUCGCGCGCGGUCAUCGCUUGUGACGACUCGGGCUCCAUCAACAAGUAUAAACUGUGCGUCGAAGGCGACGGCUUACGUGACGUCAUCGCUACGUACGGAGUCGACGGGAGGAAGACGUCCUCCAACAACAUCCUUGAGGUGUACCAGACGCUGGGCAUCGAGGCGGCGGCGAGCACCAUCAUGAGCGAGAUCGAGGCGGUGAUGGCGGGCCACGGCAUGGCGGUGGACCGGCGCCACGUGGCGCUGCUAGCGGCGCAGAUGUGCGCGCGCGGCGAGGUGCUGGGCAUCACGCGCUACGGGCUCGCGCGCAUGAAGGAGUCCGUGCUCAAUCUGGCCAGCUUCGAGAAGACGGCCGACCACCUGUUCGACGCGGCGUACUACGGGCAGCGCGACCCCAUCGAGGGCGUGUCGGAGUGCAUCAUAGUGGGCGCGCCCGCCGGCAUCGGCACCGGCGUUUUGCAGCUGCUGCACCGCCACGAGCGCCUCGCCGCCGCCUCGCCGCCGCGCCUGCUGUUCGACGACCCGCUCUACCACCCCUCCAUAUGGGAAUAAACGCAUUACACUCA